CCCCCCCUUCAGAUUUGGUCAUCAAAUCACUCAAAUCUCCGUCAGAUCUAAAAAAUUUGCUUCAGAUCUGAGUUCGAUUCCGAUCUAUGAAGGAGGCCAACAUCAACGAAGGGUGUUUAUAAAGUGAUAUGGGAGAAAUGGGGGGCUCGAGAUUUGAAGAAGAAAACAAACAGUGAAGAAGUUCAAUCUAGUGGUCUUCACGCAGGAUGGUCUCAAAAAGGGUGGAUUGACAUUGUUAGUUUUGCUAGGACCCUUUAUAUCCACAUAAAUGAGAGAGAAUAUGAUCAUCUUCGCGGAAAGGUACUAUUUCAUAUAUCAGAUCAAUUUCUUCUCUUCUAUUUUAUUGAUGAUGGUAAUAUGUUGUUAAUAAAGGUUAUUAUGUGUAUUGUGGGUGAUGGUAGAUAGUUUGGGUUUGGCUUUAAUCACCAUAUAUUGUUGUAAAAGUAGCCCAAAAUUCUGUAAGUAUGCCUAAAUAAUUUUUAAUUAAAUCUAGUAAAAACCAGCAUCCCUUCAACUUUUAGUAGUUGCUUUAUCUAAGCUCGAUGAUGAAGAAAUAGAGUGCGAGAUUGUUCGGAUGUGGCCUGAUUUCUGUGCAAAUUUAUUUGAGUGCGCAUGCCGGUGUUUUAUGGGUCGUACCAUGGAUGAUACUUGCCUCAAGAAGAUAUCACCUUAUGUAAUGUAGUUUGCACAAUUAUUUGGACAUCCUUUCGUAUGUGGAACAAUUAGAGGGAUUGAGGCAUACACCCCUCCCCCUUUUUUGCAUGAUCCAAUAGCGUGUUUGCACCCUCCAGUGAAAUCCAAACUUCCCAUGUUUAUUUUUUGGGCAAAUCAUAUCUAAUCUCCGGAUGUGUGAAUCACACUGUGAUGAUGCUAGUUGGAACUCGAGAAAAUAAUAUGGCUAUUGGAUUUUAUUGGUUGUCUAUGUUUUGGAAUUCAUGUGGGUGGUUAAGGGCUUUAUGUGUGAAAAUAGGGACAUUCUUUGGUUGUAUCACAGAUGGUGUAGGUGGUGUGCAUGGCUUCACAUGUAUACAUGCGUGACAGUAGUACUGCUACUGUUGUUCUACUGGUUCUUAAGAUGAAUGUUGUUCAGUUGUUGUUGACUGUUGGGGUUAUCAAAAUCAAAGGAGACACAACGAGUAGAAUGAGCGGGCUUGCCAAUAUUGAAAAACAUGUUCUUGGCCAGAUUGGGAAGCAAGAAUAUGAUAAAGCACUGGCGUAUAUCAAGGCUUGCUUGGAGCAAUGUACUGGCGAUUCAAGAGAAAAAGAGGAAGAACAGUGUCUUCUCUAUGAGUUGUGUGCGAUGGUUUACAUUAAUAAAGGAGAGGGAGAAGUUGCACUUAUGGAGGCUACCCUAGCUUUUGAGAUUCAUAAAAAAUACCGGACCUUCUUCAAGUAUUCAGAAGUGGCUGACAUUUUUGGUACUUAUAGUGAUCAAACUGAAGACAUCAGGGCUGAAGUUUCUGCACAGCACGAAGAGUUUGAUAUUAUAUUCAAAUGCACGAGCUACUCUACUCCUCUUGGAGGGCUAAGGGGUAGUAUGGAAAGUUGUGGAUUCAAUCUACCAGUAACUUAUGUACGUGCAGAGCGUUCUCGGCUCACUAGAUUCCCAGAACUGAGGGAGUUAUGUUGUUGUAGUGACACACUUUUGUCCGUCAUUCACCUGGCUAGCAUUCCCCCCACUAGCAAUCCUUUCAUCCUAACCGAACCUGCCCAUGUCUUGGAGAAUUUCUUUAGCUUGGAGGCGCAGUCACUUUGGUCCCAAGAUGUUCGAAAAACUUACGAGACUUGGUGGAAACACAUUGAGUGUUUGCAUCGAUCAAUAUUUAGGGACAUUGCUCAAGGACUUCUCUUUCUCUACUCAAGGGGUGAAUGUUGUGGGCAGUUGGCAUCAAAUGUCUAUGUUACCGACGAAGGAAGAGGGAAAAUUUUGCCAUCAAUGUAUGUUGAUAGUAGUCCAAAAGAUGAUUUGCGUCAUCUUGUUAGGCUGAUGAAAGAUGUCAUCCUACAACCCUUUCCUGGAGCUACUUUGGACGACUUUCCCUUACCUUUGGAACUGAAAAGGUUUUUCAGUUUCAUUGGUGUUGGAAAUCUGAAGAAAGUCCCUGUAUGGUAUCAAAUUUAUCCUCCCUACUUCUGGACGGUCAGAGAGUGCAUUUCUUUUGUUCAUUGUUUUAAGACGAUGAUGUUUAGUCAACAGAUUGUUGGGAAACUAAACAAGGAGUUGUUGAAGAUGAAAUUUUUUUGUAAUUCGGCCAAGAACUUGGAUGGUGUUUUUAAAGAAAUAUGGAAGAAAGGGGAUCCAAGUUUGAAGGAACAAACAAAGAGUGAAGGAGUUCAAUCCAAUUCUGGUCUCAAAGAUAUAAGUUACAAAGGGAGGAUCGCCAUUGUUCGUUUUGCUAGGACCCUUUAUGUCCACAUAAAUGGGGAUGAAUAUCAGCAUUUUCGCAGAAAGGCCCUUUGGCUAGGGAAGUUCAGUCUAGUGUUUAACAUACUUGUGAAGAUUGGAUGGUCGGACAACUAAGGCCUUCUGUGUAACAACAUGACCUUUGUUUCAAAACCAAGAAAACCCCUGUUUUGAAAUUAUUUUACUGUUUUUGAGGUACUACAUACCAAAAUAUUCAGAAAUUAGACGUGUGCCCGUCAUUACCAAUUCUUGUCCAAGCUUUGAUGAUAAAACAUAAAGAUCAAGACAAAUC